AUGAAGAACGUUAAUAGAAAUACAAGAUUUGAUGGGAAGAAGAAUGAUAAGAUGAGUUCUAAGGGAAGGGUGAACAGGAAGGAUAUGCGAGGAAAGGAUAGAAUGCAGAAUAAGAAGAAAGGGAGUGCAGUGAAGGGUGGUGACAAGAAAGUGUUGGUUGAAGCGCAUCCAAGAUUUGCUGGAGUGUAUAUUUCACGAGGCAAGGAAGACCUGCUGCUUACUAAGAACAUGGUUCCUGGAGUGAGUGUGUAUGGAGAGAAGAGAGUGGUUGUUGAAUGUGAUGGAGAGAAGGUUGAGUAUAGGAUGUGGAAUGCAUAUAGAAGUAAGCUUGCAGCAGGGAUAGUGUGUGGGGUUAAGGACAUACAUAUUGGGCCUGGAAGCAAAGUGCUGUAUUUGGGAGCGUCAUCUGGGACGACUGUUUCGCAUGUGUCUGAUAUUGUUGGCAAAGAAGGAGUUGUGUAUGCGGUUGAGUUCAGCGAGAGGUCUGGACGAGACCUAGUGAACAUGUGUAUGAAGAGGACGAAUGUAGUGCCGAUCAUAGAGGAUGCAAGGCAUCCAUCGCGGUACAGAAUGCUUGUACCGAUGGUUGACUGUAUUUUUUCUGAUGUGUCGCAACCAGACCAGACAAGGAUAGUUGGAUUGAAUGCACAGUAUUUUUUGAAGGAGAGCGGAGGAAUAGAUGUGUCAAUCAAGGCGAACUGUGUGAAUUCGGCGGUUCCUGCUGAGACAGUUUUUGCUGAUGAGGUGAAUGUGCUGAGGAAGUGUGGCAUAAAACCAAAAGAGCAGAUAACGCUUGAUCCAUUUGAGAAGGACCAUGCGGUUAUUGUUGGAAUAUUCAAGAGUAGCAAGUCAUCAGAGAAGUGA